UCCCCGCCCCCUGCAGGUCCCGCCCACGGCCCCGCCCCGGCGUGGAGUCCGCGUCUCGAGUCCCGCGCGGGGCUGGCGGAUCCUCCCAAACAUGGUAGCGCCGGGAUUUAUAUUUGGGCUGGUGCUGCCUUUAAUCCUGCCGGCCGACACAAGUAAAGAUGUCCGUUUUCGCUUUGCUUCAUACAUCAAUAAUUACAUGGUGCUGCAGAAGGAGCCUGCAGGGGCAGUGAUCUGGGGCUAUGGCAUAUUCGGAGCCACAGUGACAGUGACUUUGUGCCAAGAUAAAGAAACCAUCAUGGAGAAGGUGACGAGUGUGAAAGCACAUUCUAACAGCUGGAUGGUGGUACUGGAUCCGACGAAGCCUGGUGGACCUUAUGAGAUGAUGGCACAACAGACUUUUGGGAGAACAAACUUCACCCUGAGAGUUCAUGAUGUCUUAUUUGGAGAUGUCUGGCUUUGCAGUGGGCAGAGUAACAUGCAGAUGACGGUUUCACAGAUAUUCAAUGCGACAAGAGAGCUGUCUAACACUGCGGCCUAUCAGUCUGUCCGCAUCUUCUCUGUGUCGCUCACUGAGGCAGAGCAGGAACUGGAGGACCUGGCCAAGAUUGACUUGCAGUGGUCUAAACCCACCUCAGAAAACUUAGGCCAUGGAGUUUUCAAGUACAUGUCAGCAGUGUGCUGGCUCUUUGGGCGUAACCUGUAUGACACAUUGCAUUAUCCCAUUGGGCUGAUCUCCUCCUCGUGGGGUGGGACACCCAUUGAAGCCUGGUCUUCUGGAAGGUCACUGAAAACCUGUGGUGUUCCUACACGAGGGUUCGCUCAGUCUGAUUCUGUAACCGGUCCCAGUAAGAACUCUGUUCUCUGGAAUGCCAUGAUCCAUCCACUACAUAAUAUGACUCUGAAAGGGAUGAUAUGGUACCAGGGGGAGUCCAAUAUAAAUGUUAACAGGGACCUGUACAAUUGCACAUUCCCUGCGCUCAUUGAAGACUGGCGUCAAGCCUUCCACCGUGGCUCCCAGGGGCAGACAGAGCGUUUCUUCCCAUUUGGAUUUGUCCAGUUAUCUUCAUAUUUGUCUGCAACCUCAGAUGAUAAAUUUCCCCAGAUCCGUUGGCAUCAAACAGCAGACUUUGGCUAUGUCCCCAACGUGAGGAUGCCCAACACUUUCAUGGCAGUAGCAAUGGAUCUCUGUGAUAGGACGUCCCCUUAUGGCAGCAUCCACCCUCGAGAUAAACAGACUGUGGCCUACAGGCUGCACCUGGGGGCCCGGGCUGUGGCCUAUGGUGAGAAACUGAUCUUUCAAGGACCACUGCCUGAGAAGAUGGAACUCCUGGCUGACAGGGGGCUGCUAAACCUCACCUAUUCACAGCAAAUCCAGGUGAAGAAGCAGGACAAAAUAUUUGAGAUCUCGUGUUGCAGUGACCGUCAGUGCAAGUGGCUCCCAGCUCCCAUGGGCACUUUCUCAGCCCAGACCCUGGCCCUGAAUGUCAGUUCUUGUCGCGGCACUCCGGCUGCUGUUCGCUACGCCUGGACCACGUGGCCUUGUGAAUAUAAGCGGUGCCCCCUGUACCACCCCAGCAGCACCCUGCCGGCUCCUCCCUUCAUCGCUUUCAUGACAGACCAGAUCCCUGGAGAUCUCAGCAAGCUUGCUAAAUGAUUUAGCGGCAUUGCGAUCAUUACCUUGGACAUAAGUGUGCGUCCUUUCGAUGUGGGCAUUUAGCCGUUGAAGUGAUGACAGCUAUAGCUUUUAAAGGCAACUAAUAGAAAAGCCGCAUUGGACAGCUCCCAGCUAGCACAUGGCUGUGUCCGUGUUCUGAAUAGGCGAUGAGCAGCGCUGGCAGGCUAAUGAGAUGCUUGCCUCUUGUCCCCUAGUCAGCCUAGGUGUCUUGCCGGACUAAUUAUUCCCAACUACAAAUGGAACUUCAGUGUCCUUCACUUCCCUGUGGAGAGUGCAGUGUCUAACACUUUUGUCUACUUAUAUCCAGAACUGUGGAAACUCGUGGCUGGAAAGGAUUUGAAGGCCAUGUGGGCCAGCUCCUAUGUAUGUCUUCUUUACAAAAUCUGGUAAGUGGUUACUGAAUCUCUGUAUAAAGUUUCUAAACUUCCCCACAGUUUUUUCUUAUGUGGAGAUGAACUCUUUCUAGGCCUGUUUGUGUUCUGCCUUAAGCCAAAGCCAGUUCUGUUCCUUUCAGUCUAAUAACAAUAACGUGAAUGUUUGAAACCAACAGGAACUGUGUGCGUGCAUCUGGGGAGGUGCGAAGGGGCUGCUUUAAGGAAUGAGGAGAAAGGGUGAGGUGGCGGCGGCCCAGGAAGGCACUCAGGCAGUCAGUGACGGGUGGGGGAAACACGGGCUCAGGAAAACAUGGCAGUAGAGGUCACGGACAGGCAAACAGGUUAAAUACAAAUCUCAGGCUUUCUAAGGUAAGAGGUUUACCUCUAAAAAGGAUAACCCAGAUGGAAGAAAAAAGAGGCUGAAAAUAAAGCUACACAAUAAGCAUCUAGAAAAAUAAUCCAGAUGGGACAAAUGUGAAAGUGGGCUUCUGUGACUGUUAAGAAUCCUAAUGCAAAAAGAAAAAAACCAAAAAACAUAGCACUACUGCUUAUUGGUUGAUUAAAAACAGCUAAGGGCACUUGGUAAUUGUGUCCUCUAUUAGAAUUUGGAAAUAAAAAUAUAAUCAUUAGUGACGUGUAAACAUUUAUAGCCCACCAAAACUGGGUUAGGAACAGUAAAUGUGCUUUGAAGCAUGAGGAAGGAGGAAGAUUUAUUUGAGUAGCUUCCACUCCCUUAAUGGGAAAAAUAAGAACUAGAGUAAUAAGCACCUGACCCCAAGGGGUCCUGGUGUAGCGCUGAACAGCAGGAAUAGCUGUCAGUGUCAGGAUUUAUUUUAGUAAGAAAACAAAACAACUAUGUAGUAUACAAAGAACUUUGGCUCCUCUGAGGACUUCCUAGUGUACAAUUAACUCCUAACACCCAUACUUUGACCUCAUAUGCCUCUGGCCUAAGGGGAACCAGGGACCUGGGAACAGACUCCUGAGAAAUAAAUCUCCGGGUCCACCCCUCCCCUGUGCCAACACACAUUCACUCAUGGGCUGUCCUAACUUGUAGGCAGCUGGACAUGGUCAGGAACCCCAUACCCAGGCUCCUUUCCUAGUGCACACAGUGGGAGAUACUAGGUUUAGGUAGUGGAUAUACUAAUGAAAAGUCAUGUGAAACUUUAAAAAUUUUUUUUAAUGUUCAUUUAUUUUUGAGAGACAGAGACAGCGCGAGCAGGGGAGAGGCAGAGAGAGGGGGAGACACAGAAUCUGAAGCAGGCUCCAGGCUCUGAGCUGUCAGCACAGAGCCUGAUGUGGGGCUCGAACUCACGAACUGCUAGAUCAUGACCUUGUGGGGCUCGAACUCACAAACUGCGAGAUCAUAACCUGAGCCGAAGUCGGACACCAGACCGACUAAGCCACCCAGGCACCCUGUGAAACUUUAUUUUUAAUGGCUGAAUGCUUUUAAACAUUCUGUGGAAAUUCAGGUUAAUUUCCCAAGUGAAAAUAACUUUUUAGUAUUUGUAAAAUGAAAUUUAUAACUAUUGUAGAUUUGGACACAAACAAAAAGAAUAAACAAGUAAAAAUCACCCCAAAAUCCACCAUUUGGCAAAAAACAUUUAAUAUUUUGGUAAACAUUCAGUUGAUUUGCUUGGGUUAUAUUUUAUACACUACAUGUCAUACUAUUUUGUAAUAGUAUUUUGUUUUUGGCUUAUUCUAGUAAAAUAAUUUUCCUAUGUAAAUUGAAUAUAGUGUUUUAGUUUGUGGGAGCCCCAUACUUUAUUUAACCAAUUUUUCCAUUAGUGGACACAGAUUUUUUUUUUCCAAUUUUUCCGUUAAAACGAAUACAGUGAUGAAUGUUACAUGCAAACAUCAUACUGUACUUUCUUCCUUAGGAUCCUUAAUGUGAAAUAACAAUUUUAAGGAUUAAACAUGUUUAAAAGUUUGAUACCUGCAGCUUAACUCUCCUGAAGGGUCCAACAGUUUACAUUCGCACCAAGGCACAGUGCCAUUUACGCUCUCCCACUGACACUGGAUAGUGUCAGAUUUCACUCUCUUAACCAAUAGAUGAAAAGACGUUUUAAGUAUACUGGGGUGGAGGGAGGCUCGUUUUUUUUUUUU